AUGAGCUACGUAAACCUUGUAUUUUUUAUGAUAUAUCCCUUUCUCUUUCAACUUGUUUUGUCCUCAUCCUCACCUCAUUUAUGCCCCAAAAAUCAAGCUCUUUCUCUUCUACAAUUCAAACACAUGUUUACAAUAGAUCCUAAUGUUUCUGAUUAUUGUAUCGGCAUAGGAGGCCAAUGGAUUCAGUCAUAUCCAAAAACUCUUUCAUGGAACAAGAGCACAGAUUGUUGCUCUUGGGAUGGAGUUCAUUGUGAUGAGAUGACAGGACAAGUGAUUGAGCUCAACCUCACUUGCAGCAAACUUCAAGGCAAGUUUCAUUUCAAUAGUAGCCUCUUUCAACUCUCCAAUCUCAAAAGGCUUGAUUUGUCUUAUAAUGAUUUUUCUGGGUCGCUCAUUUCACCUAAAUUUGGUGAGUUUUCUAAUUUGACGCAUCUUGAUUUGCUUCUUACAAGUUUUACAGGUCUAAUCCCAGCAGAAAUCUCUCACCUUUCUAAAUUACGGGUUCUUCGUAUCCGGAGUGAUUAUGGGGUUAGAUUCGGACCUAACAAUUUUGAAUUGUUCUUGAAAAACUUGACCCAAUUAAGAGAGCUCGACCUUAACUUUGUGAACAUCUCUUCCACCUUUCCUCUAAAUUUCUCUUCUUAUUUAACAACUCUAUGGCUUCCAUACACACAGUUACGUGGGAUAUUGCCCAAAAGGGUUUUCCACCUUUCCAACUUAGAAUCUCUGGAUUUAACAAACAAUCCCCAGCUCACAGUUAGAUUUCCCACGACCAAAUGGAAUACCAGUGCAUCACUCAUGGAGUUAUAUCUGAGUGGUGUGAAUUUCAUUGGUAAGAUACCUGAAUUAUUUAGCCAUCUAACUUCAUUGGUUGACUUAGUGAUGAGUUCUUCCAAUCUCUCGGGGCCCAUUCUUAAUCCUUUAUGGAAUCUCACCAACAUAGAGGUUUUGGACCUUCAUAAUAAUCAUCUUGAAGGACCAAUUUCUCCGUUCUUGAGAUUUGGAAAGCUCAGGGAGCUCUCACUUAGAAAUAACAACUUUGAUCUCCAACUUGAGUACUUACCCUUUAACAGAAGCUGGACACAACUUGAAACGUUAGACUUUUCGUCCAAUUACCUAACUGGUCCAAUUCCAUCGGGCGUUAGUGGACUGCAAAACCUACAAUCACUCAGCUUGUCAUCAAACUACUUAAACGGGACUAUACCAUCCUGGAUAUUCUCCCUCCCUUCACUAUUUGAUUUAGACUUGAGUGAUAACCAUUUCAGUGGAAAGAUUCAGGAGUUCAAAUCCCAAACAUUGUUUUCCAUUUCUGUAAAACAAAAUCAGCUGGAAGGUCCUAUUCCAAAGUCAUUCCUAAACCAGCAGGGACUGUAUUAUCUUAUUCUUUCUCAAAAUAAUCUCAGUGGACAUAUUGAUUCAGCCAUCUGCGAUCUGAAUUUGGGUGUGCUAAAUUUGGGAAGUUGUAAUUUGGACGGAACAAUACCACAAUGUUUGGGUGAGAUGAGUGAACUUUGGGUUUUGGAUUUAAGCAACAACAGUCUUAGUGGGACAAUUAAUACAACUUUUAGUAAUGGGAACCAACUCAGAGUCAUUAAAAUGGAUGGGAAUAAGCUAGAGGGGAAAGUCCCACGAUCUUUGAUCAAUUGCAAAUAUUUGCAACUCUUUGAUUUAGGUAAUAAUGAGUUGAAUGACACAUUUCCAAAAUGGUUGGGAGCCCUACCUGAUUUGCAGAUUUUAAACUUGAGAUCAAAUAAGCUGCAUGGCCCUAUAAAUGAUUCAAGGACUGAGAACUUGUUUGCUAAAAUUCUAGUAAUAGAUCUCUCAUCCAAUGGAUUCAGUGGAGAUUUACCUGUGAGCCUUUUUGAGAAUUUUCAAGCCAUGAAAAUGAUUGGUGAGAAUAGUGGAACCCCAGAGUAUGUAGCAGAAACAUAUUCUACUUUAUACACAAAUUCUUUGAUAGUGACAACAAAGGGACUGGAUCUUGAACUUCCUCAAGUUUUGACUACGGACAUAAUUAUCGAUCUCUCAAUGAAUAGAUUUGAAGGUUCUAUCCCAAGUAUUAUUGGAGAUCUAAUUGGACUUCGUACGUUGAACUUGUCUCAUAAUAACUUGAAAGGUCAUAUACCAGCAUCAAUGCAACAUUUAUCUGUACUUGAAUCAUUGGAUCUCUCAUCCAACAAAAUCGGCGGAGAAAUUCCACAACAACUUGCAUCCCUCACAUCACUUGAAGUCCUAAAUCUCUCUCACAAUCAUCUUGUUGGAUGCAUUCCGAAAGGAAAACAAUUUGAUACGUUUGAGAAUAGUUCAUACCAAGGGAAUGAUGGGUUACGUGGAUUGCCACUCUCAAAAGAUUGUGGCAGUGAUGAAGGGGUACCACAAGCAACAACUCCAUUUGGGCUAGAUCAAGAAGAAGAAGAAGAAGAAGAAGAUGGAGAUUCAUCAAUGAUAAGUUGGCAGGCGGUUCUCAUGGGUUACAGUUGUGGACUUGUUAUUGGACUGUCCGUAAUAUACAUAAUGUUGUCAACUCGAUAUCCAGUGUGGUUUUCGAGGAUGGAUGUAGAAUUGGAACACAAAAUUCUUACAAGAAUGAAGAAAUACAAAAAAGGAUAUGUAACCUCCAGACUCAUGAUCGUUUUUCAUCAAAAGGUUGAAGAAACAUCAGGAAACCAUGGACCAAAGUUGCAGUCUGCUAUCUUAGCAGUUAAAAAGUUGGAGAAACAACCUCGGAAACCAAAGUUAGAAUCCUAG